CAUCGAUCCGCACUUCUCGCUAGUUGCCGAGACACGUUCGCGGGCGACGGAAGCGACUCUGCCGACGAUUUUCUGCUAUCGACGCUCUGCACACUCUGUGCUGUGAUCUAGUGUGUUGCUGAAUACAGUGAGACGAAUUUCGCUUAUCAUACAGUUGUACAUUAAACAUUCAUUCCCGUUCCCUGACCCCGAAAAGACAUUUAAAUUCCAGCCAAAAUGAGGGUACCAACGAUGCUAUCCGACGUAGAGGAGCUGCCCUCGGUGCAGCUGGGCGACUACGUGCUCCGGUUUGAGCUGGAGGAUCUGACGCCCUUCGGCAAGGAGGUGGCCAAGAAUGAGCUGCGCGAAACGCCCGAAAUUCGUGCCGCCGCCAUCGAGGAGCUGCGCACACUGCUCAAAGAUGUUGAAGACUUGGUAGUGCCGCUAGACAACGAUGACUGGAUGAUCCGGUUCCUGCGUCCGUGCAAAUUCUACGCCAAAAGUGCCUGUGAGCUGAUCCAGCGGUACUACCAGUUCAAGGUAAAACACUUCGACAUGUACAACGAGCUGAUGCCCUCGAAGGAGGCCAACAUCUUCAAGCAAAACAUUCUGGCCGUGUUCCCGAACCGGGAUCAGCUCGGACGGCGUGUGCUGCUGCUGGAGCUGGGCAAAACCUGGAAGCACAAGGAAGUCUCCCUGGACGAGGUGUUCAAGGGCUGCGUCCUGUUCCUGGAGGCGGCUAUGCUCGAGCCCGAAACGCAGGUGCACGGUGCGGUCGUAAUCUUCGACAUGGACGGGCUGACGCUCCAGCAGGCGUGGCAGUUUACGCCACCGUUUGCGAAGAGAAUCGUAGACUGGCUGCAGGACGCGGUGCCGCUGCGCAUCAAGGGCAUACACAUUAUCAAUCAGCCAAAGAUCUUCAACAUGGUGUUCGCACUGUUUAAGCCGAUCUUGCGCGAGAAGCUGCGCAACCGUAUCAUCUUCCACGGCACCGAUCGUGAGUCGCUGUACAAGCACAUCUCGAAGGAGUGUCUGCCGGCGGUCUACGGCGGUACAGUGGACGCACCCCGGGUACAGGGCGAACAGUGGUACGAGCUGCUGCUCAAGUGCGACAACGAGUACAAGGAGAUCAACAACUACGGCUACAUCAAGCAGCUGGAGGAGCAGCGCAACAAAAAGAACAAGAAGAAAUGAUAUGGGUCGCAUGGGAGCACAGGGAAGGUGAUAGGCGUUCGGUACUCUGCGGAGACCCGACGGAGACAGCCAGGUGGCGAUGUUAACUUACAAAAAGGAAAAAAAAGACUCUUACUUCAUCUGCGGCAAAGGCGCCAGCGGGGUUUGCUCGCCAUGUGAUUGCUUACAUAUUCCAUUAACUGCAACGAUUUACCCCACUUCCCCCCCUCCCAAGGCACUUAAGCUCUACUACUACUACUAAAGAACGUUCUCUACACAUUCACACCCCGUGCGGAUCCGGAUAGGAGUUUUAGGUUUAAUGCCGCUAUCGCUACACACGGAAGGGUUUCGGGAUUCACGGGAAGCACAAAAACUGCACACGCGUUAGCUUAGCUAACCGGUCGCUACUACUUAGAAGUCAAAUUGGGUACAAAAAGAUCAGAAUACGGCGCUUGCAAUAUCUAUCAAUUAUUUACCUAGAUAGUGAACAAAUUCUACUAAAACGAAGCAGAAGGCAAAAAAGGUGUGAUACGAUUUUUCCUUUCGAAACAGGCGUGAUAGCUAUAUUUACUUUAGCAGCAGAAGGGCUAAACAGCUUCGUUUGCUUGUACAGUUCUUUGCUGCAUCAUCAUGAGAGAGACUGUGUGCGAAGAGAAAAGUGAACGUAGGUUAAAUUAUCCCACUUUUUUUUAAAAUAUUGUUAUUAAGUAUUGCGGUUAGAGCAAUGGAACAAAUAAAUAGUGUAAAAGGAACUUA